AUGGCGCUGACCAAGGAGUUUCUCUCGAUUGAAUACAGAAAAAGAAGACCAUCCCCUAUCGUUUGGUUUAUUUUGAUUAUCAGGUACAUCAAGUUUGAUACAUUCACUCCUGCAGCGGAACGGGGGAUUCCAGUCACUAGAGUUAUUAGCCGCAUGACAUUGCAACAAAUCCUUGCUCGUGCAGUUGGAGAAGAUAUCAUCAUGAAUGAAAGCAAUGUAGUAGAUUUCGAGGAUGAUGGUCAAAAGGUUACUGUAAUACUUGAGAAUGGACAGCAUUAUGAAGGCGAUGUUCUAGUUGGUGCUGAUGGAAUCUGGUCGAAGGUGAGGAGAAAUUUGUUUGGACUAACAGAAGCUAUAUACUCGGGCUACACUUGUUACACUGGAAUUGCAGAUUUUGUUCCUGCUGAUAUUGAGACUGUUGGGUACCGCGUAUUUUUGGGACAUAAACAGUACUUUGUUUCUUCUGACGUGGGUGGAGGAAAGAUGCAGUGGUAUGCAUUUCACAACGAACCAGCUGGUGGCAUAGAUGUUCUGCGGGGUUGUUACUCUUUGAAUGCUUUUCUCUUGCCGAUUUAAGAUUAAUAGAUAAAGCUAAUGUAACAGUUGCAAAGCCUCUAAGGCAUAAUUCACUGAGCUUUCUCGUGUUGAAUCUCGCAUGACAUUUUGUUGACUAAAAGAUGACAAAAUUGUUUUUCCGCAACAUUUUGCGGAACAAAUAGAACUCUCCAAUCAUCUCAAUUUUUUGAAAAGCAGAAAAACGGAAUGCUGGUUUAUAUACGAGCUUGAACAUAAUUUCUUUUACUUGUAUUUCGUGGAAAGAAAUCUUCAAUCAUUUCAAAUUUUUGAAAAGCAGAGAAAACAGAAUGCUGGUUUAUAUACGAGCUUGAACAUAAUUUCUUUUACUUGUAUUUCGUGGAAAGACAUUUAUGCUGUUU